GUAGCGUGUGUUGACUGUUGUGUAUUAAUGUCGCCUGCGUUAGCCGCAUUUCUUGCUAUUACUACUUCGCGCGACAGCUAUUUCUGUAAAUGGACUGCGGUGGUGCAGCGGGCGAAAGUUCGCUUUGAGCUGCUUUCCCAUUAUUGUUUCGUGUGGUGCAUUUUACUUGCGGCUCUUCCGAACUCUUGAAUUCGAAAAAGUGGUGUCGAUUUGAGUCCGGUGUUGUUGCAUCCCCCUCAGUCAUCGGUGUGUGUUUUGAAGUUCGGUUAUGAUCACCUGUUGCGCAGUCGUGACAUUUCAUGCAUAACAACGCCAGAGAAUUAUUUUUCGAGAACAUGGGGGCCAAAAAGCCAGCGGAUACCAGCUUUCUGAUAGCCAAUUCUGGUGGUGAAGGCUCAUCAACACCUCCAGCGAAUCCAGUACUUCCUGAUAAAAAUUCAAUGAUUGACAAAAUGAGUGCCAAAAAGAUGGCAGAUUCAAGUUUCUAUUUUACACCAAACUCUGGUGAAGGCUCAGAAUCACUAUUGAUAAAUACUGUUAAUUCAUCGGCAUCUCAAAAUUCAGUAUUAUCGGAUGAUAACAGUUUCAAAGUUAACAUGAAGAGUUUUUUACAGUACGCUUCACCUAUACUUUUGGCAAUCAAAUAUGCUGCUUUUUUUGUCAUUUUUGUACUCAGUGUUUAUGUGCUGGUACAAUGCACCGAAUACUUUAAGGAAGCUAAACAACAACAAGAUGAAAUGAGAGAGGAACUGAAUACUUUUCAUAUCACGGCUGAACAUAGUCUCACUCAAUUAGAACGACUUCAAGGACAAAUGGAAGAUAAAAUUGAAAAUAUUAAUGUACUAACAGAACUUGGUGCACAGCGAAUAAAAGAUAUGUUUUCUUUCUCCAAAUCUGAUCUUAUGAAAGAUUAUGCAGAAGAAGAUGGAGCUAAAUGUGAUUAUAUUCCAUUAAAUUUGAGAUUUGACUGUCAUCCUGAAAAUGGAGCAUCUCAACUCUCAUGUACAGACAGAGGAUGCUGUUGGAAUCCUCUUCACCAAUUGAAUUAUGAAAAAAAUGUUCCUUUAGAUGUGCCUUAUUGCUAUUAUCCAAAAAAUUGGACCUUAUAUAAAUAUGAUAACUUUACCAAAGAUGGUAAUGAUUUCUCAGGAUUUCUGAAAUUGCAGAAAAAUUCAUUCUAUAAAAAUGAUGUGCCACUAGUUAAGAUAGAAAGUUUUGGGGUGGAUGAUACAACUUUACGUGUCAAAAUAUUUGAUCCUGUUAAUAAACGCUAUGAACCACCUUAUCCUAUAAGAGAAGAUCCACAUCCAUUCUCUAAAGAAAAUAACAAUCCUCAGUAUGAAUUUAAAAUGGAUGAAAAUAUACCCGGAUUCAAAGUUAUGAGAAGCAAUGAUCAAAAAACUAUUUUCAACUCUAUUGGAUUUGGCGGUUUUAUAUUUGCUGAUCAAUUCUUACAAAUCAGUUCUGUACUUCCAUCUUCAAAUAUUUAUGGACUUGGAGAACAUCGAACAAACUUGAAAUUAAAUACCAAUUGGCAAAAACUUACUUUAUUCAAUGCUGAUCAACCACCUACAGAAAAUGCUAAUUUAUAUGGAUCACAUCCAUUUUAUAUGGUUGUUGAAAAAUCAGGAAAAACUCAUGGCAUGUUAUUCAUGAACAGUAAUGCAAUGGAUAUCAUUUUGCAACCAACUCCUGCUAUUACAAUAAGAAGUAUUGGAGGAAUAUUUGACAUGUACUUUUUUAUGGGCCCAACUCCUGCUGAUGUUUUAAAACAAUAUGCCCAAGUUGUUGGUAAACCAUUUUUACCUCCUUAUUGGUCUCUGGGCUUUCAUUUGUGUAGAUUCGGCUACAAAUCUUUGGAAGAGACUCGAUCUGUUUGGAAAAGAACAAGAGAUGCAUUAAUUCCAUUUGAUACUCAAUGGAAUGAUUUAGAUUAUAUGGAUAAAAACAACGAUUUUACAUAUGAUAAAAUCAAAUUCAAAGACCUGCCAAAAUUCGUAAAAGAAAUUCAUGACGCUGGCAUGCAUUAUAUACCAUUAAUUGAUGCUGGAGUAUCUGCUCUAGAAGAAAGUGGAUAUGUUCCUUAUGAUGAAGGCGUCAAAUUAGGUAUUUUUGUUAUUGAUGAAAAUGACAAUGUACCUUUUAAAGGCAAAGUAUGGAAUUUAAAUUCUACAACAUGGCCAGAUUUUACUCAUCCAAAAACUUCAGCAUAUUAUUCUGAAAUGAUGAGCAAUAUGCACAAGGAUUUUGAAUAUGAUGGUGCAUGGAUAGAUAUGAACGAGCCAUCAAAUUUCUACAAUGGUCACUUAAAUGGCUGUGAUUUCAAUAAUUCUCUCAAUACUCCUCCAUAUUUACCUAAUGUUGUUGGAAAUCUAUUAACUAGAAAAACUUUGUGCAUGAAUGCCAGACAACAUCUUGGAUAUCACUAUGAUCUUCAUAAUGUAUACGGAACUAGUCAAGCAAUUGUUGUUAAUAGUGCGCUAAAACAAAUAAGAAAUAAAAGACCAUUCAUUAUUUCUCGAUCUACUUGGGAAGGUCAUGGAUCUUACGCAGGACAUUGGACUGGCGAUAUUUAUUCUUCAUGGCAUGAUUUGAGAAUGAGUAUUCCAGAAAUAUUAGCAUAUAGCUUGUUCCAAAUACCAAUGGUUGGAGCAGAUAUCUGUGGUUUUGAUGGUAAUGCUACUGAAGCUCUUUGUAACCGAUGGAUGCAGUUGGGAGCAUUUUACCCUUUUUCUCGCAACCACAAUUCAGAUGACACAACUGAACAAGAUCCUGUAUCAAUGGGACAACUAGUAGUUAUGUCUUCCAAAAAAGCUUUGAAUGCACGUUAUUAUCUUCUCCCGUAUUUGUAUACCUUAUUUUAUCGUGCUCACAAGUAUGCAGAAACAGUUGCUCGACCUUUGUUUGUUGAAUUUCCAGAAGAUCCUAAUACAUUUGACAUCGAUACAGAAUUUUUGUGGGGUAGUUGUUUGCUGAUAGUACCAGUACUAAAAGAGAACGAAACAUAUGUAAAUACGUAUCUACCAAGAGGACCUUGGUAUAACUUUUAUACAAAAGAAUACUCUAAUUCUAUCGGUUCAAAUUACACCCUCGAUGCACCAAUCGAUACGAUUCCCUUAUUGGUGCGCGGUGGAUGUAUUCUUCCAGUUCAAGAGCCAAGUACCACCACCACUUUGAGCCGUCAAAAACCAUUUGGAUUGUUUAUUGCCUUAGACGAACGAGAAAGAGCCACCGGUGAACUAUAUUGGGACGACGGUGACAGCUUAGAUUCGAUAGAAAAGAAACAGUACUUAUUGUUCUCAUUCAAUGUAUCCGACGACACUUUGACAAGUUAUACGGUAGAAGGAUCUUACGGUGGAAAAAUGAAACUGGGAAAAAUCACAAUAAUGGGAGUUACUAAAAUUGUGCAACAAGUAUUCCUUAAUGAAAAUGACGUUAAGUUUGUCUACGACAAAGAAUUAUUAGUUUUGGAAAUUGAUAAUUUGUUUGUGGACUUUUCGAAGAAGUUUGUUCUGAGAUGGAGCGAUAGAAAAAUCGAAACACACGAACCAACAACAGCAGUGCCAAUAAAGAUUCAUAAAACUAGUCUUUCUAAUGAAAAUAUUAUACAUGCAGUUCAUUCAGGUACUUCAAUCAAUCGUAUUACAAUUUUUGAAGUUUUUGGACUGAGUUUGAUCAGUUUAUUGGCGUAUAAGUACCACGUGAUAUUAGUGUAAUAGAUUUUAAGAGUUUUCAAAUUAAGAUGAGAUCGAUCAUUGCUGGAUAACUAUAAUAUGCUGUGCAUAUCCUGCCCUACUGUUGAAGUUUUACUAUAGAUUUUAAACCAUUGAAAUAGUUACUUUUCAUACGUUACCUCACAUAGCAAUUUAUAUAAUAUUUUGUUACUUAUUUUGUAUAUCAGAGUGAUAAUAUAGUUUAUCCAGUCUUGUUAGCUCUCAAUUCUUCUCAUUAAAGUUACAAUGAGACUAGAUCUGGAGCGCCGAUUUUUCCAAAAUAUUUUUGACGUUUUUAUACACUGAAAACAUCGGUUUUACGCAUCUUGUUUAGUCUGGUUGCAGCUUAGUUACGUACAUUUAGACAUAUGAGUGUUUAUGCAUUUAAGCGACAUCAACGUAUUUUUAUUAAGUGUUUUGAUAUAUUCAGUAAGAGUGACCCUCUAAAAAUUUUUAAACAAAUUUUAUGCACUUGUAGUGCUAAAUACCCGCGAUUUUAGGUAUUUAAAUAUCUUUUAGACAGUAAAAUUGUGCACUUGUUAAGCAUUAUACUUAUUAAUUAACAAUUUCAUGUACUUUAAGUACUAAUUAUUCGCGAGUUUAGGUAUUUCAAUACCUUCCAGACAAUAAAAUUGCGCACUUGUUAAGCAUUAUAUUUUUUAAUUAACAUUUAUAAAUGUUGUUUUGAUAAGCUUUUAUUCUAUGAAAAAUGUUUUUGUAUUGAAAAGCAUGAUAAAUAAAAUUUGAUACGAAUAUGAA